CAAAGUUUUACAGAUGAGAGAGAAAUUAAAAGAUUUUUUUAGUAAGCAAGUUUGGAAGGUUGUGGGCGGCACAUUCAAUUCACCCAUUGAUUGAGAAAACUUGAAUAGAGAUCUGAAUAAUUUGAGAGUUAGAGAGAUGGCUUGUGUUGCUUUGACGUCUCUCAUUGUAACAAUGGAGUUAGAGUUUCUGCAACCCAUUCCAAGGGUUCCUCUUGAUGAUGAAGCAUCUAUAUCAAUGGAAUCUUUAUUUGAAAAGCUUCUAUUUUUGAAAGUUUUAGUGCAGCAGAAAUCCGGAGGUGGCUCUGUAAUCAGAGAUUUGGAGGUAAAGAUUAGAGACUUCGCACUGGAAGCCGAAGAUGGCAUCGAAAUACAACUAAGCAACUUUCUUCUGGCCAAAAACGGAGAGGAUCAACAAAAAGCUUGUCAGAAAUUCCACCAGAUCUUGCAAGAAGCGGCAGAAAACGCAGCAGAGUUGCUGGAAAUAAUCAAGGAAGCUGAUGAUGAAGAAGAGGUGGUGAAUAAAAGAGAACGAUCACUGAUUCCUUGGUUAAAACAUGCUUCGGAGCCCGGCAAUAAUGUUAUAUCCUUUCGGCGGCAUUCUCCGAUGCUUGAGGAGGAGGGCAGAAUGGUGGGUCGUCACCUUGAUCAUAUGCUGGUAGUGGAUCAACUGGUCCCGAAUGAACGGGAAGAACAUCGAGCUAAAGUAAUCACAAUUGUUGUUGGUAUGACUGGUAUAGGAAAAACAACUUUAGCUAGAAAUGUCUAUAAUGAUCCAAAAGUUACAUCCCACUUUGAUGUACGAUGUUGGGUUACUAUGUCUGGGGAAUACAACAAGACCCAAAUGCUACACCACCUUCUUUGGACACUAGCAGAGGCAGAUGAUGAUGAAAUUAAAGAGGGAAGCAUUCCUAAGGAGGGUCUAGCAGCUGCUGAGCAGGUAUACAAAUGCUUGAAAGGAGGGAUGAUUAUGAUUACUCCUCUUACUAUAUCCACAGGAUGACUUUGCUAAAUCCAGAAGAAAGUUGGGAUUUCUUUUGUAAUAACCCUUUUUUGGAGCAACAUAUGGCACCUAAAUUUGAAAAAAUUAGGAGCGAAGUUGUAGAGAAAUGUGAAGGAUUGCCGCAC